GCCAUUGCUACUAGUAGCAAGAAGGUACUUUCGUAGCUGAAAUAGCUACGCCAGGAGCUAGCAGGCGUCCUUGCUCCGCUCGGACGCAAAUUUCUAACAUCGGCCGGCCCGACGAAAGACCGUCGAAAGCGAGCAUGUAAAUGGGCCAUGGCCUCGGGCGACGAAGCAACUAGCCUGUCCCAAUGUCUGAAAGAGACGGUGCAAGAGUCCUUCAACAAUUAUCAAGUUGAUUGCGUGAAUUUCACAGUCUUGAGUGCAGAAGAGAUUUCGACCUACAGCGAAGUGGAGGUCUUGAAUCAGAACAACUAUGAUAUCACUACAGAGAAGCCCUUCGUCUUCGGGCCCCUGGAUUCACGCAUGGGCAGUAACACCAAAGCAGGAGUGUGUGGCACCUGUCAGCAACGCCUGGAUGAAUGCAAUGGCCACUUCGGCCACAUAAGCCUGGCACUCCCAGUCUUCCAUGCCGGCUUCUUGCGGCACACUCACCAGGUGCUUCAAAGCAUUUGCAAGUCUUGUGCUCGACUCCUCCUUCCGGCUGACAAACUUGAGCGCUACACACGCCGGUUACGUCGCAACACGGACGACCUGCUGAAACAAACCUUGCACAAGCGGAUCGUGGAAAGUUGCAAAGCGGCACGUGUUUGUCCACAUUGUGGUCAUCAGAAUACUUCGGUGAGAAAGGGGAGUGGCAUGCCUUUAAUGCUGAAGCAUGCCGUGGGUCCAAGCAACAAAUAUGCGGAUGAUAACGUGUCAAAGGAGUUCUUGCUCUCUUUCCAGGAGGCCAAGUCAUUUAACAAAGAUGUAGAAGGAUAUGCUGAAAAGGCAUCAGAAGACUACAACCCUUUGGCCUGCUAUGAGUUGUUGAAGCGCAUUCGGCCCAUCGAUCGUGAAGUCUUCGGUUUGCUUCGUCCAGAGCAGCUGAUCAUGUUCACGGUUCCGGUGCCUCCGGUGUGUAUUCGACCUACGGUGAGUAUGGGCGACAAGGGAACUCGGGAAGACGAUCUCACGGUGGCUGUUGGCGAGAUAGUCGAAGCCAACACUGCUUUGUCGCAGCAACUUGCUCGUGGUUUGCCUCGGCAAGUGCUGGAAGCCUGGGAGUUUCUUCAGGAGGCAUGUGCAAGAUACAUCAAUUCUGAGAUGUCUGGGCUUCAACAGAUCAAGGGCAAGAGUGUCCGGUCGAUUUGCACCAGGCUCAAAGGAAAGGAGGGGCGUUUCCGCGGGAAUCUCAGCGGAAAGCGCGUGGACUUUUCUGGUCGGACGGUGAUUUCGCCUGAUCCCAACGUGAGUGUCGAGCAGGUGGUGAUUCCGGAAUGGGUAGCCAAGCGCAUGACAUUUCCCGAACGGGUUUGUGAGGCCAACCUACAACGUUUGAGAGAAGCCAUCGACCGAGGUCCAGAGAAUCAUCCAGGGGCAUGUUUCAUUACCACCCCGGAUGGUCGAAAAAAAUACCUCGGGGCUUUGAAGAAGAACGUGCGGAAGCAAAUGGCCGAGAGUCUAAAGAGUGGUGACUUGGUGGAACGACACAUGCGAGAUGGCGACAUAGUUCUCUUCAAUCGACAACCUUCACUGCACCGGCUUUCCAUCAUGGCGCACCGGGCCAAAGUCAUGCCUGGUCGAACCUUCCGCUUCAACGAGUGCGUUUGUGCGCCAUACAACGCGGAUUUCGAUGGAGAUGAGAUGAACAUCCACCUGCCUCAAACGGAAGAAGCAAGGGCUGAGGCCAUGCAGCUCAUGGGUGUCCGUGAUGGCUUGGUGACUCCCAAGAGUGGAGAAGUGGCUGUUUGUGCCACUCAAGAUUUCCUCACUGGUGCCUUCUUGCUGACUCAACGAGAUGUUUUCCUGUCAAGAGAUAAGUUCUGCCAGCUUUGCUGCUUUUUGUCGGACGGCACAGAGCGGAUUGACCUACCACCUCCUGCCAUCAUUAAGCCAUGUGAACUUUGGACUGGGAAGCAGGCCAUUACUGUAAUGCUGCGACCAAACAAGCAUUCCAAAGUUCAUGUGAAUCUGGAAGUGCCGGAGAAGAACUACACCAAGAGAGACGCCUCCAUGUGCCACAAUGACGGCUGGGUCAUGUUUCGAAACUCUGAGCUUCUGAGUGGAAACCUGGGGAAAAAGGUGCUUGGAGGGGCAAAGAACGGACUUUUCUUUCGACUCAUCCGUGAUUGUGGAGCUCAAGCUGCUAUUGACUGCAUGAGUCGUAUUGCUAAGCUGACCAGCCGAUGGUUGAUGAAUCGUGGCUUCACCAUCGGAAUUGAUGAUGUGAAUGCAGAGUAUGGCCUUGGGGGAGGAAAGGUCUCGGUGGAGAAGCAACGGAUUACGCGAGAAAAGUAUGAGACAGUUGCACAAUACAUUGGACAGUACAAUGCUGGUACAAUCGAGAACAAGCCGGGUUGCAAUGCUGAACAAACCCUGGAAGCAUUGGUGAAUGGCGAGCUGGGUCGUAUUCGAGAUUUGGUUGGAGGCAAGGGUUGUGCGAACCACGAUGAUAUUGUUGAAUAA